CGGGUUGGCUACGCCUCUGAACCAACCCAUGCUUUUAUAAGAGUGUAAUAACACUUUCACGCACAUUGGAAGGUAAAGACUCGUUCAGCACAGCAGGGGCAAAGACAACAGAACAAACUCUUGCUAACUCUCACCUUUUCUUUCAAGCACUACUUUGCCUCGAGGGACACUAGAGAUGGCUGGAGAACUAAAGAGCGUGAGAACGCUGUUUAUUGAAAGCGUGUCCUUGAAAAUAAUCCAACAACUUGUGGACGACCUUUUGGAUGUUAACGCCUUGAAUGACGGAGAGCACGAGAAUAUCUUGGAAGGGAAAGGCGGCAGAGCAGAUAAAGCUCGUGCCCUCAUUGACUCAGUGAGGAAAAAAGGUGAUAAGGCAAGCUGGUUUAUCAUAACUUCCCUUAAAAAGAGAGACCCACUGCUCUUCGAAAAUUUGGGACUGCCCGGGCCUCCCCAUGCUACCCCCAAGGCGAAUUGGUGGUCAACCAAUCUCAACCUUUGCAAAAACUCCUUUUGGAAUUCCAAAAAGAAUGACUCAGAGAUCUAUCCUGUGACUAAAGAGUCCGUACGGAGCCGCGUGGCUCUGCUUAUCACCAAUAUCAAAUUUGAGGACACGGAUUUUGACAGACCUGGUGCUGAGGUAGAUGAGCGGAACAUGCAAAGGCUGUUGGAGGAUUUAGGAUACGAGGUGGUUAAACACACCAACCUCACAGGACAGGAAAUGGACACGGCCGUCUUCGACUUCUCCAAACAUUCCAAACUCAAAGACACAGACAGCGUGUUUGUGGUCAUCAUGUCUCACGGGAUAUUGGGAUCGAUCCUCGGCGUCAACUGGAACAACACCGAAAAGUCGGAUGUCUUUCCCAUCGAUAAUAUUUACAAACAUCUGAACUCAAAGAACUGCAGGGCGCUGAUCGACAAACCCAAGAUCAUCAUCAUCCAAGCCUGUCGAGGAAACGAGCCCGGGGCGGUGGCCUUGGGCGAUGAUCCGGGUCCACUCUCGUCUGCUGGUGCCGGUGGCUCUCAAUCUGUCCACAUAGAGAAAGAUUUCGCCCCUCUUCUCUCUUGCACACCUGAUACCAAGGCAUACCGAGACAAUGUGAAAGGCUCUUUGCUAAUUCGGUUUUUUGUUGGAAUUGUAAACACCCACGCUUGUGAGAAAGAGCUUCACGAACUUUUCAGGAUGAUCAUGCGAUGCUUUGAAAGAGAGGAGUUUGUGACAGCAAAACAGAUGCCAGUUAAAGACAGAUGGUCUAUGACAAAGGCCUUCUACCUCUUUCCUGGCAUUUGACACCACAUUUCUGAGGAACAUAUCACUGUCAGAUUGCGGCAGUAAUAUUAACAACUUUAUAUGUAGCUAGGAAGUAAAGGGAAAUGUGCUUUCGGCAGUUUGCAAACAUAUUUUAUUAAAGGCUACGUUAGACUUAAUAUAAUCACAUCAAUAUAAUCUUCAGUGGUGGGUGUACUUAUGCAAGCACAUGAUGAACCGGAAAGAAAGGAAACGUGUGUUGGAAAAAUGUAUAUAUAUGUUAUCAUGCGUUCUCUUUUAGUUUCUAUAUUAUCAUAUUACAGUAAACGAUAGCCGUUACAUUGGUGCGGACGUGCGUUUGUUGUUCUGCUUUGCUGUUCUUAUGUUCACCACAGAAAACCACAUCAGCCUGGGUGUGAGGUCUUAUCUCGGUCAGCGAGAUGCAGCUGCAGAGAAAAGAACACCCUGCAAUGGCAUUGUGUCAAUCUUCGUCAAGUGGCUGACUCAGCACCUCACACCCUCAAGAGAUGGAGCGCUAGAAGCGCCCCUGGUCCCUGCUGAUAUGAUUGCUUGAACCCAUUGAACUUGCUGAACUCUGUAUGCUCUUUCCUAUAUCGCCAUAUUAGUAUAUCGUUUGCAGUAAUCUACACUUACCAGAAGUUUUCUACGCUUACCAAAGCAGAAGCCUUUGCGCUUCCCCCUUUCCCUUAUUUGGCUUCUGCUACACAUGUGAUUAGGGCAAUCCCCAAAUAAAGAGAGCGAGGAUGCAGACAGACUUUAGUGUAGCUCGGACGUUGUAAGUUGUCUGUACUGCACUCCUUGCGCAAGCUACGACUCAA